GGGUGGGCGGUGCCUGGCGGCCGCAGGAGCCGGUGAUGGGGCGGCGCGAGCCGCGCUGAGGGGCCGCGGCCGCCGGGACCGCAGGUCUCUGUGCCACCGGUGCCGGUCCCCAGCUCCAGAGCUGCAAUGACGACUGGAGACUGCUGCCACCUGCCCGGCUCCCUCUGUGACUGCCCAGGAAGUGCUGCCCUCUCCAAGUCAGUGGAGGACUCGGACAUCGGGCGCCCGCAGUACAUCACACAGGUCACUGCCAAGGAUGGCCGGCUCCUGUCCACCGUCAUCAAGGCGCUGGGUGCGCAGAGUGAUGGUCCCAUCUGUCGCAUCUGUCAUGAAGGUGGAAGUGGGGAGGGACUGCUUUCCCCAUGUGACUGCACAGGAACACUGGGCACCGUGCACAAGAGCUGCCUGGAAAAAUGGUUAUCCUCCUCCAACACAAGUUACUGUGAGCUCUGCCACACAGAAUUUGUUGUAGAGAGAAGACCGAGACCUUUGACAGAGUGGCUGAAGGAUCCCGGUCCCCGCAAUGAGAAGAGGACACUCUUCUGUGACAUGGUGUGUUUCCUGUUCAUUACUCCCCUGGCUGCCAUCUCGGGCUGGCUGUGUCUGCGUGGAGCCCAGGACCAUUUACAGUUCAACAGCCGGCUGGAGGCCAUCGGACUCAUAGCACUAACGAUAGCACUUUUCACAAUCUACGUUCUUUGGACGCUGGUCUCGUUCCGGUACCACUGCCAGCUGUACUCGGAGUGGCGAAGGACCAACCAGAAAGUCCGUUUGAUGCUCCCAUCCUCGGAGAGCCCUCACCCUGUGUCCCACUCCCUCCUCUCCACCAAGCUCAUGAAGAGCAGCGUGGAUGAAACCAGUGUGUGAGCCCGUCCUGCCUGGCUGCUGGUGCCAGGGCAGCCCUUCGGGGCUGGCACAGGUGACGAGGGUCGGGUGUCCCCACGUGCACACGGGGAACUGGCAACUGUGGAGGCCCUCGGGAACAAUCAUCCCCCCCAAAGGACUUUGCAGUCAGCGUGUACUUUGUACCACAUUAAACAGACAGAGAAUUGAUCGCUGUCAUGUGAAAUGGUCCAGAAGAGCCAGAAGGUAGAAUGUGCCUGUCUGCAGGGACACUUUCCUAUAACUCAAUACCAUAAGUGGAAAAUAUCUCCCUCUAUAUAUAUAUCUCUAUAUAUAAUAUUAUUUUUUAAUGGCCAUGCAUAUUGUGUUUCAGUCCUUUUGUGUUGAUGUUCUAAGCUUCAGUUCUAGAAGCUGGCAGCCUGAUCUCAUUCAGAGGUUAAAUCUAUGCCUUUUCUCCAAAUGAGCUUACAAAGAACACUUGGAAGAACAUUGAUGAAAAAUCCCCUUCUCCUUUGCACUAAGUUGGUUUUGAUAAUCCCUCAGCAGCCUUUCCCCUUCCCCUGGUCUCUGUUGUGCUGUUUCUGUCCUUUCUAGAAAGUUCUGUGUUUUUAAGAGUUAUUAUAACCCCAGAAGGAGCAAAAUGACACAGUUCUGAGCAGAGCCAUUUUGUAUUGGAAAGUAUUGGAAUUCUGAGAAUUUCACAACACGUUUCAAAGUGAGAAAAGCUCUUCCUGUGCAGACGUGAUCUCACAGAACACUUUCCUUGUGGAUCCUGGCUCAUCCCCAGGUCUCGGAUGCACUCAGCUCUUGCUGUGUCUGGCAAAGGUAGAUGGAGGGUCUGAGGGUGGGAGGUGAUGGCUCGUACGUGCUAAACUCAUCAUUGCCUUCUGCUUUUAAGAUUCCAAAAGGAGCUUUCCUAAGCCUAAAAGGGGCAAACUGGAAUCUCUGUUUGCUGAUGUCCUUUCACCACCUUGAGGCUGGACCUCUCGUAGUGCUGGUUACAUACUCCCCUCACAGGACAGGCCCUCACUGCAGCAUGCGGGUGGGCUCUGCUGUCUCUGUGCUUCAUUGCACAUUCCUCAGCAGCAGCUGGAGGAGCUGCUGUCAUUGGGAUCAUCCCUGGAAGUGCUCUGCCUCCAGUGGAACACCCCGAGAGCAGGGAGGAGGCAGGCUCCAAGGUGCCCAUGUCCUUCAGUGGUGGUGGCAGUCACACACUGCGUCCCUCUGCUCCUUUGCUGGACACAAGCAGCCCAGCUGCAGUUAUGGUCCCUGCACAGUAGCAGCCUGCUUCCAACUGGCUUGUGCAGUGGAGCUCCCACCUCCGCACACACCACCCUAUGGCAGUGGAGCUGCACCACUGCUCUGUGCCUUGUCCUGGCUGCUCCUUCCUUCAGCAACUCCCCAAUGGCACCAGGACAUUCCCAGAGAAGAGACAUGUGGGGGUUUCGUUUCCCUCCCACCCCCACUGUUCCCAGGAGCUUGUCUUGCACCGUGUCUGGUUCUGGCAGGUGAUGAAGGAUGUGCACUCCCAGACCACAUUCCCCUCAUAAGGACUCUCCGAAGCCAGUGUUUGUCCCUGUGGAUCACUGUGAUCCACUCACUGUGGAUCCAGGUAUGCAACUGUGAAAGGCACAAGUCCCUGGCUGGGGGCAGCAGGGCCUGGCCCAGUGCUGCUGCAUGGCCAUGGCUUCACUCGCAGCUCUGUCCUCUUUCUCGUACUUGCCAGGAAUUGGAGUUGUUGCUUGUGCCCCUGCAGAACCCACCAGUGGCUCCUGGGUUCUUCCCAGAGGAGAUGCUCAGCUCCUGGGUGUGGGAAAUCAGUGUCUCUGAGCUGCCAUGGUCCAGUGUCAUGGGGAAACGGGCUGUGCAAUUGAGUCAAUAAAAGUGAGACAAAGUUUGGGCUCUUGUGUUGUUACUGGGGAUGGAGUGUAGGCAGAUAGGGCCUGGCGGCCGGAAGAUAUCGUGCUGUACGGAAAGAUAAGACCCCUCUCCAGGUAGCCAAUAGCAUUUAGGUGAUGAUACCAGUUUUACGAUGCAAGCAGACGGAAAUGACACCGUAAACCUAGGCUAUAUAACACCAUGUUCUCUCUCAAUAAACGCCAUUUGCCGUCCACCA